AUGAUUAGAUUCACUAAACAAUUGGUCAAUGUAUUCAACAAUGUUAAAUCUAAACCAAACCCAAUAGUUGUAUUUGGUGUUGGUAACUAUGGUACAAUUUCAAGUCGUAACAGUGUUGGUGCAAGAACAGUAGAUUAUUUGGCUAAAAACUUAAAGAUGGAUUGGAUCGAUUUCCAAGAUUGCAGCACAAAGAUUACAUAUUCACCAGAGAAUCAUUUGUUGUUGGUGAAACCAGACACCUAUUUAGUUAAAGAUAAUCACGAGGUUCUCAGCAGAUUGAUUCGUUUGAUGCCAAACAUCAAGGCUGACAACUUCUUGGCGAUUCACUACGAGCAUCUCUUCAAGUUGGGUGUGGUCGAGCGUACCCACGGUGGUCGUACUAAGCACAACCCAGGUUUGGCAGGUCUCACCAACGUCUUCCAAACGGAACACUACUAUCGUGUCUCGAUGGGAAUCAACCAUCCAUUGAACGACGUCACCUUUGAACACACAAUCUACUCGAUGGGAUCGGUCUAUGGUGAUCUCCAAACACCGUUCCUCUUGAAUCGUUUCCCAGAUGUACAAUUAGAGUUGGUCGAUCGUGUAGUCGUACCGUACGCCGCUAACGAAGUACUCACCGCAGUACUCGAGAUGAAACAAGCAAUCACCGAAUCAGAAUCUGCCAACCCUGAAAAUCUUGUAUAUAGUGGUCAAUGGAAAUCACCUCGUAUCGAUACAAAGAACAUCGAUCUAGCUAAAUAA